UGGAAGUGAGGCUGUCGAGAAAGCGUCAGUUGAUUGGUCUCCUCCAUGGUUCCCCAAAUGGCUCAAGCGAUGGAGGAGAUCAUCUACCCCGCGAUCUCAGCCCUACCACAAAAAAUUGUCCAACACAUUUCAUUAUACAAGACAUCACGAGAACCGGUUUCCCUGCUCAACCGAGACAGGAGACUGACAGUACCUUGUCCAAGCGAAUCUUAUCUGCUAGUAUCUUCUGGUCUCCGUCUCUCACGUGGCGGCAGUCAUGUCCGAAGAAGCCAUGGAAGUCGCGUUGGCCGCCGCCGAUGCAUCCAGUAUCCUCAAUGCAGUCUCAGACCUAAUUCAGACGGCAACCGAUGUGUAUCCAAGUCUCAAAGGGAAGCUUCAGUCUCACACAGGAGAGAUAAACAAAGCUAAACUUGUCGUGGACCUCAUACGCAAUCAAAAAGGGCUGCAGACUUCGGGCGUCAUCGCAGGGAUUCGAAUGCUGGAGAGUCACGGCAAGAUUCUCAAGAGCGACCUAAUGUCUCUGGGAAAGAACAAAGACGAAAACAACUUGAAAACGAUUGGAGAGAAGCUUAGAGACGCGAGAAAGUCUCUCAUUCAACAUAUUCGACUUGCUAGCGUCGGGCUGGCAAAGGACGAUAUAGCAAUCACAGUUGACACCAAGGUUGUUAAAUCAACCGACAAAGCCGUCAAGAAGAUUCUCGGUGAAGAAUUAGGUCUCGAUAUUGCGCUCUUUCUGACGAGGCUGGAGCAUAACCCGGAUGCGAAGGGCAAGAUUCGAUUGACUGAGAAGGAGUACGAAUAUUGGACCCGGCACCAAAUCAAGAUUGCCCACCCAGAAACCACGACCCUCUCUACGGAGGUAAAGACAAGAAUUGUAUGCAACUGUCUGGCUAGGGACCAGUCCAUCCAGAUACUGGGGGCUGUGGGCGUGGAUCUGUGGGCGAGCAUUGCGUUCAUCAAAAUUGAGGGUCUCGUUUCCAUGAAUGAAGCGAUCCAGAUUGCAGUUCCUAUAACAUUGGGUGUAUUUCGGGAGGUACUCGACACACAAAAUCAACGGAUCGCCGCCAGUCAUCCUAAACGAUAGGAAGACCAGGAUGUGCGGUCUUUUUCCAAUGCAUAGUUUUAUGCCUCUUUUCCAGACAGCCAAAACUUAGUCUAUUAUGUAAGGUAGCUAGCUGCCUUAAGAAAGGGGGGCUGUUUACCUAUAUGGCGCCGCUAACUCAAUUUCUCCACCUCUACUUUUAACCCAUUUUCAUAGUUUCAAAAGGGCCACUAGAAUAAUCAC